CUACUUAGUUGUUUUCUCUAGAUUAUUCGCCAUCUCUCCCUCCCUCCCUCCAAUGGACGAUCAAAUCGAACCGUCUCCGGAGCUCAAAGUCCAACCUACGUUUGAUGACGAUUCAUCAUCGAAUGUCCUCGACCUAACAAGCUUUCAGCUUCACGAUAUCAGUUCUGUCGAGCUUCCUUCUACUCUCACCGAAAUCGAUUUGACAGCCAACCGUCUCACAACAAUUGACUCACGAAUUAGCCAUCUCUCCGCUCUCAAGAAGUUCUCUCUAAGACAGAACCUUAUCGACGAUGCAGGUGUCGAACCUAUUUCUCAAUGGCACGAGAUUGCCGGCCUCGAAGAACUUGUGCUUAGGGACAAUAAGUUGAAUAAAAUACCAGAUGCCAGUAUUUUCAAGUGGCUUCUGGUAUUUGAUGUCUCCUUCAAUGAGAUCACAUCGUUGGAAGGAUUGUCUAAGGUCUCCAACACACUGAAGGAACUCUAUGUAUCAAAGAAUGAUGUCAGUAAGAUAGAGGAGAUUGACCAUUUACAUGAACUGCGAAUCCUUGAACUCGGGUCUAACAGAUUGCGUGUAAUGGAGAACAUACAGAAUCUCGUAAAAUUGGAAGAGCUAUGGCUGGGUAGAAAUCGAAUCCGGAUUAUUAAUUUAUGUGGCCUAAAUUGUAUAAAGAAGCUCAGUUUACAGAGUAAUCGAAUCACUUCUAUGCUUGGACUGGAGGGAUGCAUUGCUCUUGAAGAACUUUACAUGAGCCACAAUGGUAUUGCAACCAUGGAAGGGUUAUCUACUUUGAUAAACCUCAAAAUCUUGGAUGUUUCAGCCAAUAAGCUAACAUCAAUUACUGGCAUUGAGACCUUGACAAAACUAGAAGACUUAUGGCUUAAUGAUAACCAAAUAUCAUCAUUGGAUGGUAUUGAUGAGGCGGUUAAAGGGUCAAAGGACACACUCACCACCAUUUAUCUCGAGCGUAAUCCAUGUGCGAAAUCCCCAAACUACACAAAAGCUCUAAGAGAGAUCUUCACUAAUGUUCAACAAAUCGAUUCUGAUAUGUUUGCUUGAAAUUCGCAAAUGCCUGCAUUAUUUAUCUAGACGGAAUUCACACAUAACAAUGAGCUCUGAUUUUGGUGUAUGGGGUUCAGAUAGAUAUUGUUUUGCAUAUAGUAUGUAUCCAUCUUCUUUUGGAACCUUUCUUUGGCUUGAUCUUGAUCUUGUUCCAAUUAAGAGUUUGCUUGUUUUUGUUAAAGUAUAAUAUAUAGCUGCUCUGAAGGGUGAUCAUAUUUUUCUAUUUAUUAAGAAUUAUUGCCAUGGAUAAUCCAUUUUGUGAAGAAUAACAUUUUCCUGAUUUAUGUAAAAAAGGAUUAUCCAUUU